GUCUGCUCCUUUUAGUUGCUUUUCUCAGCAGCAGCAGCGGCCGAGAGGGGGAUUGGUUUCUUCUGUCUCUCUCACUUCUUUGGCUUGCCUUCGAGUCCAUUCGCAUGGAGAGAAAGCAGCAGGGCUUCUUUUCGGCGGUGAGGGGCCUGUCCCCGGGGAGGUCCAGGGGCCGCAGUCCCUCCAGGAGCGUCUCUCCUGGCUCCGGUCUUCUGCGGCGGCGGAGAGGCGGUCACCGUGCCCCGCCUCCGGAGAUCCUGAUCUCGAGAUCUGGUAGCCUGAGGCCGGCGGAGGCACUUUCGCCUCUGAAGGAAGGGCCCGAUCCCGACGGCCCCGACGCCGGCGAUUCCAGGAUGGAGCGGUGGGGCCACUGGAUGAAAGGCCAACUCUGCAGGGCUCCUUCCGUUUCCGCCUCCUCCUCUUCCUCCGCCGCCUGUCAGCGCUCCGAUCUGAGGCUUCUGCUCAGCGUCUUGGGUGCGCCUCUCGCCCCCGUGCACGUUAGCAACAACGACCCCUUGCCUCACCUCAGCAUCAAAGACACCCCCAUUGAAACUUCGUCGGCCCAAUACAUACUGCAGCAGUACACAGCAGCCUGUGGAGGGCAGAAGCUUCAUAACGCGGUUCUGAACGCUUAUGCUAUGGGCAAGGUGAGGAUGUUAGCUUCUGAUAUAGAGACGGCCACAAAGGUCAUAAAGAACAAGAAUUCCUCCAAGGCUGCCGAGUCCGGGGGCUUUGUUCUCUGGCAGAUGAAUCCUGAUAUGUGGUAUGUGGAGCUUGCUCUUGCUGGUAGCAAGAUUCAUGCCGGAUGCAAUGGAAAGCUCGUCUGGCGGCACACACCAUGGCUCGGUCCUCACGCCGCCAAAGGCCCUGUUCGACCCUUGCGCCGAGCUCUGCAGGGUCUCGACCCAAGAACCACUGCAAGCAUGUUUACUAAUGCAAGAUGCACAGGGGAGAAGAAGAUCAAUGGAGAAGAUUGUUUCAUUCUCAAGCUUUGUGCUGAUCCGCAUACUCUGAAAGCCAGGAGUGAAGGGCCAGCUGAGAUCAUAAGGCAUGUUUUGUUCGGCUAUUUCAGCCAGAAAACUGGGCUCCUUAUGCACUUGGAAGACUCUCACUUGACUCGCAUCCAAACGAAUGGAGGUGAUGCUGUGUACUGGGAGACUACAAUCAAUUCAUUUCUUGAGGAUUACAGGCCUGUUGAGGGGAUCAUGAUUGCACACUCUGGCCGGUCAGUUGUCACCCUGUUCAGGUUUGGGGAGACGGCUAUGAGCCACACAAAAACCCGGAUGGAAGAAGCAUGGACCAUCGAGGAAGUGGCGUUCAAUGUUCCAGGCCUCUCGGUAGAUUGUUUCAUCCCACCUGCUGAACUAAGAUUCAGCCCUAUGAGCGAGGCCUGUGAACUUUCCCAUGGAGAAAGGAUAAGGACUGCUGGGGCAGCUGCAGCAGCUUAUCAACCCAAAGUUGCAACACUGGAGAAACGUGACGAGAAGGUGAAUAACAUUGUUUUGAAGAUGGAUAUUUAGGAAUGUGGCAGAUUUGAGCAGCAAAUAUAUAUCCUAGAAUACUAGCUUAUCAUCGGAUGAAAACACUUUUACGUCUUUUGUGAUAAAAUGGUUACUGAGGAGCUCAGCUGAUUGAGAAAUUUUGAAGCUGGACGCAAGUCCCUUAGAAUUUUUGUAUAUAGUGCAAUGAUUUGCCAAUUAAGUUGUUGGAACCUGGCUAGAACCUUUUUAUAUUCUCAAUCGGGAGUUCCCUGCUGGUGGGUUUCUGUAGGAAUGGAGAUAAGGUAGAGUUUUUGUUUUCUUCAAUUUGCUUUUUGAUGCAUAUAUGUGGUGUAGCUUUGACAUAUCAGAUCCACCUUUGUAAAUUGUCUCGUCCCCUUUGAAGAUUUA